AGCCAGAGUCAAGUUGCUCUUGGAAAGCGUGAAGAUAACCUGUUUCAGCUGCUGAGUGGACCAGACAGUCACAUAAAUGCAGUAUCUAAACGUAAAAGAAGAUUGCAAAGCCAUGGCUUUCUGUGCAAAAAUGAGGAGCACAAAGAAGAGUGAAGUAAACCUGGAAGCUCAGCACCAGGGUUUAGAGCUGCUCUUUUACCUGCCGGAUAAACUUCCCAUUUCUUACACCAGUGGCGAGUUUACCUCGGAGGAACUGUGCAUUGAAGCUGCUCAGAAAUGCUGUAUAUCUCCACUGUGCCAUAAUCUCUUUGCGCUGUUUGAUGAGAACAAGAGACUCUGGUAUGCACCCAACCAGGUCUUUAAGAUAGAUGAAAAAACGUCCUACCGGCUCCAUUACAGAAUGAGAUACUACUUUACAAACUGGCACGGGACAAGCGAAAGUGAACCCUCCGUGUGGAGACAUUCCCCAAAGAAGUCCAAGAACUCCUAUGAGAAGAAGCUCGCUCCAGAAGGAACCCCCAUACUUGAUGCACACUCCUUAGAAUACAUUUUUGCACAGGGACAAUAUGAUCUAGUGAAAGGCCUGGCACCAGUUCGUGAUCCUAAAAAUGAUCAAGAAGUUCACGAAAUUGAAAAUGAAUGCCUGGGGAUGGCAGUCCUUGCAAUCUCUCACCAUGCCAUCAAGAAAAAUAUGAAACUUCCAGAGCUUCCCAAAGAUAUCAGUUACAAGCACUAUAUUCCAGAAACUUUGAACAAGACCAUCAGACAGAGGAAUUUCUUGACCAGAAUUCGGAUAAAUAAUGUCUUCAAGGAUUUCCUUAAGGAGUUCAACAAUAAAACCAUUUGUGACACUAACGUGUCUCCACAUGAUCUGAAAGUUAAAUAUUUGUCAACAAUGGAGACCUUGACUAAACAUUAUGGAGCGGAAAUCUUUGAGACUUCAUCUUUGCUGAUUUCAUCCGAGAAUGAAAUAAAUAAGUUUAAUUGUGGAGACAAUGAGAUCCUCCCGCAGUAUGAAGUGAUCAUAACAGGAAACAAUGGAAUUCAGUGGCGGCUCAAGCCAAAUCCUGCACAGACAGAGAGGGAGAAACACAAGACGAAAAGGAGAAAAUCAGAUGGCAAAAGUAAAAAAGAGGAAGAAAAACACAAAAUUCAAGAUUUGUGGAACAAUUUUUCCUAUUUUCCUGAAAUCACCCACAUUGUCAUCAAGGACUCCACCGUUAGCAUUAACAAGCAGGAUAACAAAAGGAUGGAAUUAAAACUGUCCUCACAUGAUGAGGCCCUGUCGUUUGCAUCUUUGAUAGACGGCUAUUUCAGACUUACAGCAGAUGCCCACCAUUAUCUGUGCACAGAUGUGGCUCCCCCCCUGAUUGAGCACAACAUAAAGAACGGAUGCCAUGGACCCAUUUGUACGGAGUACGCCAUCAACAAGCUCUUCUGUGAACAUUCUUUCCCUUUCAUGAUUAAUAUUUUGCCUCUUUCUCCCCUCCUUCCCUAUCAUCAGAUGUUAAAUAAUUCGAUCCAGUAUAAGAACUUCCAGAUUGAAGUGGAAAAGGGCAAGUAUUUCCUACAUGGUUCAAACAACAAUUUUUCAUCCUUAAAAGAGCUGAUGGAUCACCUGAAAGGACAGAUACUUCGGACAGACAACAUAAGCUUCACACUGAAGAGGUGCUGCCAACCAAAACCAAGAGAGGUCUCCAACUUGCUGGUGGCAACCAAGAAGGCUCAGGAAUGGCAGCCCACUUAUCAUUUAGGGCAGCUAAGUUUCCACCGAAUCCUCAAGGAAGAAAUCAUACAGGGUGAACACCUUGGAAGAGGGACAAGAACACAGAUUUACUCAGGCAUUCUCAACUACAAAGACGAUGAGAGUGAAGGGUAUCAAAAUGAAAAAGAGAUUAAAGUCCUUCUCAAAGUCCUGGACCCCAGCCACAGAGACAUUUCCUUGGCCUUCUUCGAAACGGCCAGCAUGAUGAGGCAGGUUUCUCACAAGCACAUCGUCCUCCUGCACGGGGUCUGCGUCCGCGACGUGGAAAAUAUCAUGGUUGAAGAGUUUGUGGAAUUUGGGCCUCUGGAUCUAUUUAUGCAUCGGAGAAGUGAAGUUCUGACAACUCCUUGGAAAUUCAAAGUCGCCAAGCAACUUGCGAGCGCCCUGAGCUACCUGGAGGAUAAGGAUUUGGUACAUGGAAAUGUAUGUACUAAAAACAUGCUGCUGGCAAGAGAAGGAAUUGACACCGAAUAUGGUCCCUUCAUAAAGCUGAGUGACCCAGGAAUUCCAAUAACUGUGCUGACCAGACAAGAAUGUGUGGAGCGAAUCCCCUGGAUUGCACCUGAAUGUGUUGAAGACUCCAAAAAUUUAAGCAUUGCAGCAGAUAAGUGGAGUUUUGGCACAACACUGUGGGAAAUCUGCUAUAAUGGAGAAACACCACUGAAAGACAAGACAUUAGCAGAGGUAAAANGGUUCUACGAGGGCCAUUACAUGUUGGCAACCCCAUCGUGCAAGGAGCUGGCGGACCUGAUGAAGCAGUGCAUGAACUACGACCCCAACCAGCGGCCCUUCUUCAGAGCCAUCAUGAGGGACAUCAACAAGCUGGAGGAGCAGAAUCCUGAUAUUGUCUCUGAGAAGAAGCCUGUUACAGAAGUCGAUCCCACCCUCUUUGAAAAGCGAUUCUUGAAGCGGAUCCGUGACCUGGGGGAGGGGCACUUCGGCAAGGUUGAACUCUGCAGAUACGACCCCGAGGGCGACAACACAGGGGAGCAAGUGGCAGUUAAAUCUCUAAAGCCAGAGAGUGGCGGGAAUCACAUUGCUGACCUGAAGAAGGAAAUCGAAAUCUUGAGGAAUCUUUAUCACGAAAACAUUGUCAAGUAUAAGGGAAUUUGCACAGAAGAUGGAGGAAGUGGGAUUAAACUCAUCAUGGAAUUUCUUCCUUCUGGGAGCCUAAAGGAGUAUCUCCCACGGAACAAGAACAAAAUCAACCUCAAACAGCUGCUCAGAUACGCAGUGCAGAUCUGCAAGGGCAUGGAUUACCUGGGCUCCCGGCAGUACGUUCACCGGGACCUGGCAGCCAGAAACGUCCUCGUUGAGAGCGAGAACAGAGUGAAGAUUGGGGACUUCGGGCUCACCAAAGCCAUCGAGACCGACAAGGAGUAUUACACCGUCAAAGACGACCUCGACAGCCCUGUGUUUUGGUACGCGCCGGAGUGCCUGCUGCAGAGCAAGUUCUACAUCGCCUCCGACGUGUGGUCCUUCGGCGUGACGCUCUACGAGCUCCUCACCUACUGCGACUCCGAGUCCAGCCCCAUGGCUGAGUUCCUGAAAAUGACGGGUCCCACCCAGGGGCAGAUGACGGUAGCGCGGCUCGUUCGGGUGUUACAGGAAGAGAAGCGGUUGCCACGUCCGCCCAGCUGCCCCGAGGAGGUUGACCAGCUCAUGCGGAAGUGCUGGAUAUUCAAACACGAUGAACGGACAACUUUCCACAAGCUCAUACAAGGAUUUGAAACAAUUAUGAAUAAAAUGUAAUUCCUUUUUU